UCAGCCAGCCUUUAGAGCUAAUUAGCUCAGCACACAACAAAGAUAAGUGAGCCUGGAAGGAGGGCCCCCUGAGGGGUCUUUAGAUUCUGGGAAAUGUCUGAUUGGCAGAUGUUAAAAGGGAUUCUUUGGUAAUCCUGUGCAUCAAUGAGCUGCACAAAUUCAGUCCAGGACUGCAAGAAUUCAGGCAUGAGGACGCUGUGCAGCCGGCUCCCACAGGCAGACCCGAGAUGGACAGAACCUUGGAAUCCCUGAGACACAUCAUUGCCCAAGUCUUGCCUCACAGAGACCCGGCUCUAGUCUUCAAAGAUUUGAAUGUUGUGUCAAUGUUACAGGAAUUUUGGGAAAGCAAGCAGCAGCAGAAGGCUGCGUUUCCAAGUGAAGGUGUGGUGAUCUAUGAGUCGCUGCCAUCUCCUGGACCGCCUUUUGUGAGCUAUGUGACCCUCCCUGGGGGAAGCUGUUUUGGCAACUUUCAGUGCUGCUUAAGUAGAGCGGAGGCCAGACGGGAUGCCGCCAAAGUGGCCCUAAUCAACUCCCUCUUCAACGAGCUGCCCUCUCGCAGGAUCACCAAGGAAUUCAUUAUGGAGAGUGUGCAGGAAGCAGUUGCCUCCACCAGCGGCACUUUGGAUGACGCGGACGACCCCAGCACCAGCGUGGGAGCCUAUCACUACAUGUUGGAGUCAAACAUGGGGAAGACCAUGCUGGAAUUCCAGGAGCUGAUGACCAUUUUCCAACUCUUACACUGGAAUGGAAGCCUAAAAGCUCUUCGUGAAACGAAGUGUUCCCGACAGGAAGUCAUCUCCUACUAUUCCCAGUAUUCCCUGGAUGAGAAGAUGCGCAGCCACAUGGCCCUGGACUGGAUCAUGAAGGAGAGGGAGUCACCGGGAAUUCUCUCUCAAGAGCUACGAAUGGCCCUGCGGGAGUUGGAGGAAGCCAGAAAAGCAGGACAAGAACUACGGUUUUACAAAGAAAAGAAGGAAAUUCUGAGUUUAGCCCUGACUCAGAUCUACAGCGAUCCUGACACCUCCUCACCCAGCGAUGACCAGCUGAGCCUCACAGCCCUUUGUGGCUAUCACUAGCAAGGCCAGGUUCCUCCAACCCCCAAAGAUGGCAGAGGCCAGACUGUAAGAUUAGGAAGCUCAUAAAGCAGGUCAUUGGAGGCUUUAGCACCUAGAUAGCUAAUACCUGAAGGCUGUACUAAUUCUCCCCUCCCAUUCCAUUCACAGAAUCUGAGAGUAGUAGGACCCUUAACGGGUCCAAUCGCCCUUUUCCCAUCAUGCUCUUUAUAGUUCCACCUCAGAACGAAAGGAUGGAGACAGGAUGGUUUGAAAAAUGUUUUCCAGCCCUGGCUCCAACCAAAAGCCCGGUUGACAUGUGCCUUGCUAGAUUACAUAUGUUGUUUCAAAGAAUGGGUCAUUGUAGCAUCCCUCAAGAGAGCAUCAGCCAUGAUUGGAGGAGGUAGCAUGAUAGCAGUUUUUAAGAAUACAUGGGAUUAAACAAUAUGGAUUGUUGUUGUUUUUAAGUAUCCAAGAGUCAGAAUUACUUCCUAAAAUUUGUAAGCUGAAAGAUAGCUUACACUCUAGUGCUGUAAUCCAGAACUAUAGUGGGGAUUUUCUCUGCACAUUUCACUAUCCAAGAUCUCAAAGGGGUGAUAGUAUGAAGAUACCAGAAAAUGUUUAAUGUGGCUUAAAAUGCAAUUGUCAUAAUAAUUUUUAAAAAUCCACACUCUCCCAUAUGGGCAUAAAUGUCACUACAAUAGAACCCUCAUAUUCCUCAAGAAGAAUUAAUGUCCAAUUUUUAUGAGUCCUGUAGUCAAUCAUGUUCAUUUGUAAUUUGCAAAUAGAUAACUUAAAUUGAUUUGUUUUUAUUUUUGCCACCUCAGUCA